GUUAUAUAAACAAGGUGAAAUAGAGAUCAUUCAUAAUGCAGAAAGCAGAAGCAAUAACAGAGGAGUUGAAGUCCAAAGCAGAGGUGUAUCAUGGUGACCAAGUUUGCAGGGACAAGUUCUCUUUGUUGUUGGCACAAAUAGGUCUUCCCGAUGCCUUGUUAACCAUUCAAGACAUUCAAGAAUGUGGUUUUGUCAAGGAAAUAGGCUUUGUUUGGCUCAAGCUGGAGAAGAAGAGGGAGCACAAGUUUGACAACAUUCUUGUGUGCUAUGAUAAUGUGGUCACUGCUUAUGUGGAGCCAAACAAGAUCAAGAAUCUCACUGGGGUCAAGGCCAAGGAUUUCUUCCUUUGCUUCACUUUGAGUGAGAUUUAUGUCAAGGCCAAUCCUCAAGAAGGACCCGUUAUCACCUUCAAGUCUAUUGUUGGCUUCUCCAUGUCCUUUCCUUUGUCAUUGUUUAAGGAAGGGUUUCCAAAACAAGAACCAAACAAGAUGAUCAAGUUGUAAAUAGUGCAAAAAUAAAUAAAAUUGUAUUUGUAUGUAUAUAUCAUGGAUUAUUAAUUCAUAAAAUUAAGCAUCUGAUUAUAAUGAUGCGAUUUAUAUUUGCACUUCUUUUUUUAAUGAUUUAUUGGGUGUAGUUUGUGAAAAAACAGUGAAUCUAUGAGGUACAAGGAAACGAAUAUGCCGUACGUGUAUGAAUUGCUUGUUUUAGAAUAUGCCAAGAGGUGCUUAUUAUUGUGGUA